AUGGUGAUCGUCACCUUCUUCAGCGCUGGCAUCUCCGGCUACUGGGCGUUCAGCAAUCAAGCAGAGGGAACCAUUCUCAGCAACUUCUUGGACAACGACAAGCCUUUGGUUCCCAAGUGGUUCCUUUUGAUGACCAAUACCUUCUCUCUCUUGCAACUUUCAGCCGUUGGUGUGGCAGGCCGAACUCUAAUAGGAAUCAAGGACCUCUUACCGGCCUACUUAGAUCCCCGGGUGACCAAUCUUGACUUGCUCACCGGCAUUAGCUUUGCAUCAACUGGCAUAGGGAUAGACGACUUGACAGCGACCAUCUUCAAUGUGGCUCACAUGUCGACCCAGUUGUGCUACUUCAAGCAAUGCUUGGCUUGGAUGCAGAGUACCAUUGGGAGGGAGGCUGCCAAUCUUAUAGUGGAAGACGCUUUGUUUGCUAUCAGUGCCGGAACUAAUGACAUGAUAUUUAACUUGUACGAUCUACCCACGAGAAGGGGUCAGUUCUCUCUUCCGGCGUACCAUGAUUUUCUACUCCAAAACUUGGAGUCCUUCGUUAUGAUACUUUAUAGCAUGGGAGCACGAAGGUUCUCAAUAUUAGGGUUGUCGCCGAUCUGGUGUCUAUCGGUGCAACAUACGGUGGGAAGCAUACCGCCGAUGCCAGGGGGCCAUCUACUGCGGAGGGCUUGUAAUGCUGAAGAAAAUAAGGACUCCCAAAUGUAUAAUGCCAAGCUACAGGCUCUUGUGUUGAAGUUGCAAGAUACGCUCCCUAGUUCUCGGUUCGCGUACGUCGACAUCUACAAUCCAUUACUGGACAUGAUCACCAACCCUAGGAAAUAUGUGAUCAACGUCCCCAACAUCUCCCAUUCGCUUCCCAUCAAUCUGAGUCACGACAACUACUUACCUUGGAGGGCGCAGAUGAUUCCAGUCCUCAGAACUCACAAAUUGCUUGGUCUCGUAGAAGGAACCAUGCAAGAUCCUCCAACCCACAUCGAUGGUCUUGAUGGACAGAGAGUGAUGAACCCAGAGUAUGAUAACUGGGUGCAGUUGGAUUAA